UUUGCGUUAAGUUUAACAAACAUAAAAAAGCAAGCGAUAUUUAAAAUUAUUAUUCGUAUUUACAAUGAAAUCCAACCCAAAUGUUGUGCUAUGUGCAGUGUAUUUGUUCGUUCUUAUGAUAUCAAUGAAUUAUUUGCCCGAGACAUCAUGUGUUCGCGAGACAUCAUGGGUUGGCGAGACAUCAAACAGACCAAAUAUCUUGCCCAUAUCUAUAAGAAACUAUAUAAAAAAUGUUUUGACUAACGGAAAUUCAAAGGUAUUGUCUAAAACUGUAACUAGCGUUAUAGAUAAUGCUGAUGGUUGGGGAUCACUAACAAAACCAUUAUAUAAUAAAGUUGAUAAUAUUUUUUUAAGUAUCUAUGUGGAAUUUCUAGUAGACAAACAGUUUAUUGCACGGGCUACCGAGGCCAGGCGCCUGCUUCUUCUUGUAGUAGAUAAAAAAACUUUAGAAGUCAAAGUUUAUGAAGCACUUCUUGCUUUAUUUGUUAAAACAAAAGAAAAAUUAAAGAAGAGGGAGUACAAGAAGGUACUAAAAACUUUAAAAUAUGCAGAUAACGACGAAAAACUACAAGCGGUCAUCAAUAUAUUCAUUAAAGAGACGCAAUGGUAUUUAUAA